AUGUUAUUGAAUAGAAUUACAAAGUCAAACUUUAUAAAUAUUAAUAAAAGUUGUUUGAAGAACUAUUUUUGUUCUGUUUCAAGUGGAUCAUCCACUACGACUUCAACAACAACAACAACAACAACAGCAAAUCUAUUAAAAGUGAAACGUGAUGAUAGAUUUAGCUAUUUGAAUAAAGAUGAUAUUAGUGUGUUCAAAAAGAUAAUGAAUGAUGAAUCAGGUGUCAUUACGGAUGCUGAUGAUCUCGUUGGUUACAAUCACGAUUGGAUGAACAAGUAUCAUGGCAAUUCACAGCUGGUUCUCCGACCAAAGUCAACCGAGCAGGUCAGUCAGAUUCUAAAGUAUUGCAACGAGCGGAGACUCGCUGUCGUUCCACAGGGUGGAAACACCGGGUUGGUCGGUGGCAGUGUUCCGGUGCACGACGAAAUCGUUCUCAGCUUGCAAUCGAUGAACAAGAUCCACGAGUUUGACAGCGUCACCGGUGUGCUGACUUGUGACGCCGGUUGCAUCUUGGAGUCGCUCGAGCAGUACUUGGAGCCGCGCGGUUUCACCGUGCCACUUGACUUGGGUGCGAAGGGCAGUUGCCAAAUAGGAGGUAACGCCGCAACGAACGCCGGUGGAAUACGUCUGCUUCGCUACGGAUCGAUGCAUGCCAACGUCAUGGGUGUGGAGGCGGUACUCGCCGACGGAACCAUUGUCGACUGUCUGUCCACGCUCAGAAAAGACAACACUGGCUACGACUUGAAACAGUUGUUCAUCGGCUCCGAAGGUACACUUGGCGUCAUAACAAAGCUGGCUAUACUGACACCCGCCAAGCCAACGAGUGUGCAUGUCGCGCUGCUGUCAUGCGACUCUUUCGACGAGGUGAAGAAGCUGUUGAUCGAAGCAAAGAAACAACUCGGUGAUAUUCUCUCGGCGUUUGAGUUUAUGGAUCGUUCGUGUAUCGAUGUUGUGCUGGAACACCAACCGCAAGCCAGAGAGCCAUUCGACAGUAAAUUCAAAUUCUAUGUGCUGUUGGAGGUGUCUGGAUUCAAUGAGCAACACGAUAACGAGAAGUUGAAUAGCUACUUGGAGGAUGUCAUCUCGAGGAAGAUGGUGGCGGACGGCACAUUCGCGUCCGACUCAAAGAGUAUCGCAGAGUUUUGGAAACUACGUGAAACCAUCACUGAAUCACUUGGAAAAGCCGGUGCAGUCUAUAAAUACGAUUUGUCGCUGCCAAUGGAUCAGUUCUACAACAUCGUCGAAGUGAUGAAAGAAAGAUUGGCAGGAAAGAACAACUCUAUGGUUUGUGGAUUCGGUCAUGUCGGUGACGGUAAUCUUCAUCUCAACAUUUCAACACCCAAGCAGAAAUACAACAAAGAAUUCCUCGGUUUGAUCGAGCCAUUCGUCUAUGAAUUCACCAGCAAACACAACGGAUCGAUCUCUGCAGAGCACGGUAUCGGUGCAAUGAAGACAGAACAACUGCAUCACUCUAAAACCAACAGUGCAAUUCAACUGAUGCGUAGUAUUAAACAAACAAUGGAUCCAAACGGUAUUCUUAAUCCAUAUAAAGUAUUACCAAAUUAA